CAUGUCAAUUUAAGGUUUAUUAAGAAUCUGUAAAUACUAAAAUACACACCACAUACACACACACACACACACACACACAUAGUAAACAUGGCCAACAAGGGACACUUUGUAGACAGAAACGCGGAUAUUCCGACCGCAGGAGUGUCCACCUUCGGAUUAGAUGGCGAAGGGGAUGUGAGGGAUUGCCUGAUCAUCAACAACACGGAGGAGUUAGCCGAGAAUGUGGUGCGUGCCAAGUGCCAAGAGGACAGGACCACUUUGUUUAGUCUUCCGGCUGGCUCAGUCAUCCCCACCAUCAGCCUCAGCGAAUUGCUGACCAGCGAACUGCAGAAGUCUCGCUUCGUGUCCUUCAAGGAGAAGUUCUACGAGGAGAUGUACCACAAGAAGGGGAACUUGGGUCAAGUCAAACCAACUUUCUCCAAGCCCGACAGUGUGACCAAUUUUAGCCAAACCUUCGGACGUCCAUCGAACCCCAUCCCCUCUGAAUCCCUCUACUCAAUCAUAUUGCCGCCCAAGUCGCCAGAGCAGGUGAAUCGGGAGUACCAAGAGUUCCACGACAAGUACAUCAUUAGCCACAAUCACUACUUCCCAUCGGAACAGAUCAAUCGCAAAUAUUCCCAUCCAUUUGACCGCAAUUCCCCUUGUGGAGAUUUCCAUAGUCUCGGCGACUUCGGACUUAAAGUGAAACGCUGUCUUGAGGAAGGUGGAAAUCAUCUAAAGGUUAUUGGCAAAUCCCAAAUGGAUUUCAUGAACCGGACAGAAGCUCCCUUGGGCAAAAAAUUCAAAAAGUAUUCUUGUUCAGUUCCUGACAUAACUUUCGGCAUCCCUCUGCGCAGCAAUGGCGAUGUAAAGACGCUUCUUCAUAAUAUUGUGCCCUGCGAUAAAUCUAACCGGUUGUUGGAUGGCAUUAACUAUUUGAACAGGAAGCGCCACAGCCUGAGGAAAAGCCUUGAUUUGCAUGGCCUGAUUUCCAUGCUGGAGCGAGGUGACAAUAAUAAAUCGGGUCAGAUGCCACUGUCACGGAUUUUGGAAAUCAUCGGCAACUUUCACAUCCGUCUGGACUCCCAGAAAAUCCGUGUUGCAUUGUCCCAUUUCCAUAUGAUCGUCGACGAGGGUUGUGCCACGGAGCGUGUAAACUACGCUGAUUUCUGCCGACUACUUUCCAUUCAGGAGCCACUACCCAAAACGGGUAAUUUAAUCCCAAUUUCCGAUGCCAGUUGCCUGGACACCACUUAUCGUUUGCUCUGCUCCGAUCGUCAUAAGCGGGCCACUGAGGAUCCAGUGAUUAGAAGCCAGCAGUUCGAGGAGGAUAAAACUUGUGUAAAGGAUCUCGUAGCACCGGAUCUGGCCAUUUUAAGUGGCCUUAAGCCCAGCGAUUUUAGCCGUUUGCGGCCCAAGAUGGAAAUCGAAAGGAUCUUCAGAAGACUCGUUCCAACCGAAAAAUUCGAGGAUAUUUGGCAAACACUGAUGGCUGAGCACGAGGACCAGAAUAAUACGGCAUCCGUCAGGCAGUUUCAUAACGAGAUGCAUAAUAAAACAUAAAACAUUGGCCAAUACUCUACUACAACAGUAAAAACGUUAAAGAAAAUAUAAGCAAAUCAUCUUAAAUAACCAAAAAUUAAAGAUCAAAUAAAUUAUAGAUUCAUUGAA